UACAAGGGUUUAUGCUACAACAUAGCAAAGAACUUUAAAUUUUUGGAAGAACAGUUUAUUCAGUUUGGCAUUUUGCAGAGCAAAGUAAACUUGGUGGCCUCUUCUCCAGCCCUCAACAUGAUAGCAAUCUCUGCGGUCAGCAGUGCGCUCCUGUUCUCCCUUCUCUGUGAAGCAAGUACCGUCAUCUUACUCAAUUCCACUGACUCAUCCCCGCCAACCAAUAAUUUCACUGAUAUUGAAGCAGCUCUAAAAGCACAGCUAGAUUCUGCGGAUCUCCCCAAAGCCAGGCGGAAGCGCUACAUUUCGCAGAAUGACAUGAUCGCCAUUCUUGAUUAUCAUAAUCAAGUUCGGGGAAAAGUGUUUCCACCGGCAGCCAACAUGGAAUAUAUGGUUUGGGAUGAAAAUCUUGCAAAAUCUGCAGAGGCGUGGGCAGCUACUUGCAUUUGGGACCACGGACCUUCUUACUUACUGAGAUUUUUGGGCCAAAAUCUAUCUGUACGAACUGGAAGAUACCGCUCCAUUCUCCAGUUGGUCAAACCAUGGUAUGAUGAAGUGAAAGAUUAUGCUUUCCCAUAUCCUCAGGAUUGCAACCCUAGAUGUCCGAUGAGAUGUUUCGGCCCCAUGUGUACACAUUAUACACAGAUGGUUUGGGCCACUUCCAAUCGGAUAGGAUGUGCAAUUCACACUUGCCAAAAUAUGAAUGUUUGGGGGUCUGUAUGGCGACGUGCAGUGUACUUGGUAUGCAACUACGCCCCAAAGGGCAACUGGAUUGGAGAAGCGCCAUAUAAAGUAGGGGUGCCAUGCUCAUCUUGUCCUCCAAGUUAUGGGGGAUCCUGUACUGACAACCUGUGUUUUCCAGGAGUAACAUCAAACUACCUAUACUGGUUUAAAUAAGCUUACUUUCCACCAGGAGAUAUAAUGGUUUUGGGAAAUCAUAGGCAUAUAUAUAUAUUGAAUUUUGCACAUAUUAUACAUAUUUUAUGAUAAUCUUUUUUCCUUUUACUAUUCAUUUGUAUAAAUGAGUGUUUGUCUAGUGUAUUUGUUUUUAUUCUUUUAUAUUCAAAAUAUCCAUUUCUAUUUCUGACCUCUAAGCUUGAAUUGAAAUAUUUUAAAAACUUAUUCCAAAGUAUGUGUGAGGUGGUGAGACAUCUUCAACACCUAUCUAUAAUACAAAAUACUCGACAGUGACAUGUGAAAAAAUAACUUACAUAGGCAGCCAUAGAUUUUUAUUCUGGAGAUAUUUUACCUUAUGUUUGUUCACCAAAAGAUAUCCUUGAGUGAUGUAAGCUCUCAAAUCAAGACUUUUGCUUAUUCUUACUUACGUAAAUCAGCUAAUUAUGUGUAGAGUAUUUAUGACAAACUCCAUUGGUUAUGUUCUGAUAGUACAAAGACAAUGAGACAUGGUUCCUGUCCACAAGAAGUUCAAAAAAGUCUUCAGGAAAUAAUAUAGCCCAGAAAUUUUGCUGUAAAAAUCUUUUUUAAGAUUAUUUAUUUAUUUGAAAGUCAGACUUAAAGGGAGAGAGGGAGAGAGAGGGGAGGGGGAAUAAGAGAUCUUCCAUCCACUGGUUCACUCCUCAAAUGACUGCAGUAGUGGAGGCUGGGCUAUGCCAAAGCCAGGACCCAGGAGCCUCUUCUAGGUCUCAAAUGGGUACAGGGGCCCAAGCAUUUGGGCUAUUCUCUGCUGCCUUUCCCAGGCUAUUAGCAGGUAGCUGCAUUGGAAGUAGAGCUGGUGGGACUUGUACUGGCACCCAUAUGGAUGCUGGCACCCAUAAAGCUGCAGUCAGCAGCCUUACCCACUACACCACAACAUAAGCCUCUGUAAAAUUAUUUUUAACAAAUUAAUUUUUACAUAGUUUUGAGAAAUUGAGCAUACCAACAGUGUUCACCUAUAGCUGGAAUAUGUGAUCAGCCACCCUGUGAAAUAUGUAAGACCUCUGAUUCCUACAAAAAUUUAGCCACAUUAUUUAGAGAGAGAAAGGCGAAGGUAGAAUUAACAACUGCCUGGAGAUUUCAGAAGCAGAUUAGGUAGUUUUGAUUUCAGAAAGUGGAAAGCAAGAUUCCCAAAAAAAUGAUAAUGUUUAGGAUAAUUAAGAAGUAGAGGACAGGCAUGAGAAGUCACAGAAACAGAGUAGUUGCACAGAAAGCCCGGGUGGAGAAGUUAAGAUGGAUGUGUAUCCUAGGGCCAUGGUGCAUCUUAAAGACUGCUCAGGAGCAGCAGGAGGUGAAGAGAUCCAAAGUGACAUGAGGAAUGCCAAAGACACCUCCCUCUCUUCAUUGUUUUUGCCCCUUAUGAAUUGGUGAGACUCAAUCUACUUGUCAUGUUGGGCCUUUGAGUAUUUAAAGAUCCUUCCAGCACACCACAUUCAGCCAGGGUUUGUUUUUUUUUUUUUUUUUUAUGGAGCCCGGUACAGAUGCUUUUUUUAAGAACUCAUUAUCAACUUUAUUUCGUAUUUAUGUGGAGGAAUAGUUUUCAGUUCUUCAUUAAGGUUUUUGUUUUGUUUUAUUUUUUUGCCAAGUUCUGUUGGUUCAUUCCCCUAAUGGCCACUACGGCUGGCGCUGCACCGAUCGGAAGCCAGGAGCCGGGUACUUCCUCCUGGUCUCCCUUGCGGGUACAGGGAUUCAAGCACUUGGGCCAUCCUCCACUGCCCUCGUGGGCCACAGCAGAGAGCUGGACUGGAAGAGGAGCAACCGGGACUAGAACCCGGCACCCCAACCGGGACUAGAACCCUGGGUGCUGGCGCCGCAGGUGGAGGAUUAGCCAAGUGAGCCAUGGCGCCGGCCCUUCAAUAAGUUCAACUACAAAAAUCAAUUCCAUCACUCUGAAAAUUUCAUUAAUCUGAUUUGGAAAUGUAAUGGUUCCUUAUUCAUGAAGUCUGAGAGGAUACAUCUGGAUCCAGACACCAUCACAUUAGCUUUCAAAUGUGUGUGUAUUUCAUUCAGAUUAUAGAAUGCCUCCAAAGGAUUAUGGAACAAGUAAACAUUAGUUCCACAGUGCACAUGGCAGGAGGGAGCUAGGUGUUUAAAAUUUCACACACAUUUGGAGUUUCUGAGGAUGACAGAGUUAAUUUAAUCUAUUCAAUGUGCAACUCUCCCGUCUGGAGAUUGGGUCUAUUUGAGGACAAACAACCAGCCCAAUUUCCUUUACAAAUAUGGUGACCCAAUGUAAUGAUACUAUACUACAUUUUGUGGGCGCAUAUCAGACCCAUUGAAAGUAGGUAUUUUUAGAGAAUAAAACAGAGAAUAGAGUCAUUACAUAAUCUAGGCCCCAAUCCGACUUUUAUCUAUUGUAUCAGGGCGACUGAAGGGAACGCUCAUUGGUUGAACUUUUCUUGAUUUAGGUAGGUAGCGUUUCCAUCCACGAUUUGACCAGGUCAGUUCUACAGAAACAGCAGAGAGUACUAUUGAACAGGAGAUAGCUGUUCUCAGUGUAGACUCAGUGGCUGUACUGCUUGUUUAGUUUCUUUCUCAGUUUUAAGGAAGAAUGGUGGUAUUUGCUAUUUAUUUCGUAGAGGUUGCCACCGAGGUAAAUUUACAUACUAAUAGAAAUACAUGAAUUAUAAAAUUAUCAUUAAUAUAUGAGCUCUUCUUUGACAGGAACUCUGGCUAGUUCUUUGUAUUUAUCCCAAUAUUUCAUACAGCGACUAUAACAUAAUGUUUAUAUGAGUGCAUUUUUACUAUUAGCUGAAAACUCUAGAACUGCAACAGUUUAGAGAAAUCCCACCUUUCCGUGACUUAUUAGGACAAAAAUGUCUCAAAUAGAAAGCUUUGAGUGAUAAACCAUUAAGCAUCAGAUUGAGAUUAGACUAGGGGUCUACACACUUGUAAAUUACACUUUCAUAAGAGUACUUUCCAAACCACAACUAGAACUGUAAGUUUAUUUAUAAUUUAACAGCUCUGCUUAAAGUAUAACGGGUAUAUUGUUAUUCUAUCUGUAAUUUUUAAAUUUAAUAAUAUAAAGUGGCCAUGUAAAAUAUUUUAUUUUCCAAGCUAAAGCAAAUGAAAAUGAGCUACUAUCAGCACAGUGAGUCAUAUUUUUUAUCAGAUUCAACAAUGGUGCUAGCUGUUUCCCAGAGGCAGAAAGAGCCAGGGGAUAACCUAUUUCAUAAGAGCAGCUUCACAGAGUAAGGACUGAAGUUUUUGUUUGGAAAGAUUUCAUUUAAAACAAUAGUAAUUGAUAUACUUACUUUAUAGGAUUGAUCCUCUUUAUGGUAUAGAUUUUUUUUUUUUGGUAGAAAAGAAAUCUAUCGUGAUAAUAUUUCUGUGCCUCCUUGUCUUCCAAAAAACAAAGUAAAAUUUUAUCUAUGAUGCAAUGGAUUAUUUUAUAUAACUUUCUGAGUUGUGUUGGCACACUCUUGAUCAUCCUGGUUUAUGACAGAUAAAUCUGCUUUAAAAUGUGGAAGAAACUGGUAUUAUUAUUAUCAUUUUUGCUUCUGUUAAGUAGUCAAAACCUCAUCACUUCACUGGACACUGCUACAAUGCCCCCAUGCAACGCUCAUGGGACCUCUCAUUCUAAGUUCCAGUGUGCAGAUUUAGCACAGAGCUGACAAACGCUAGAGCAAGUUCGUCCAAUUCAACUUACUCAGAAUAUUUGAAUUGAAACAAUAUAUAAGGAAAGGUCAUAAAGUUUGUGGAAAAUAUAAUUAAAAAGUUUACUUUUGUACAAAAAGUUUUGAAAUUAGUGCAGUUUCUUCAUAGAAAGCAUUUUUCAUGAACUUUUUGAGGACUCCUGAUACGUGCAGAUUCAAAAAAUGCACCAAAAUAAACUUAUUUUUAAUUUCAUUUUCCACAAAUUUUGAAGUAUCUUCAUGUUUACUAUCUCCUUUAUAUGUACUUGUGUGAAAUCAAUUAACAUAACUAAAUCUAACUUAAACUAGAGUCAGUUUAAAUGUUUGAUGUUCCUACCAUGCUUAUGAAAUAAAUGCACAAGCUAAACAAAUAGCUCCAAUGUAUCCACUAAAGGAGAUUAAAGCUUGGGCUUUUGUUCCCUUUUCCCUGUGUGUAACAACAUGUCUCAGUAGGCUCCCCAGCAGCCUGGAAGCAGACAGAAGUUUCUACCUACUGAAGUGUUGGGGACAACAGAGUUACCUUUCUACCAAUAUCUAACAAAAUGUCUUUAUAAGGUAUUUUUCCCUGUAUUUUCAUUGUAUGUGUGGGUGGAGCCAUUUAAACACAUGCAAAUGACUUAAAAUCAUGCCAUACUCUUGCUUUGACUUAUGAAAGGUCAAUAGAAAACUUAGGAAGUUUAACAAUUCAAUGAUUAAUGGUGCUGAAAACACAUUACAAUCACCAUAUUCUUGCUAUAAUUUUGAAGUUUGCAAUUAAAUUUUGUAUUAAUUUAAUAUCUAUUCUGGUGCUAAAUAUAUGGUGCUAAGUGAAUUGUGAGUGCUAAUGGCUUUAGUAAUAAUUUUAGCCAUUGUUUAAAGUGUUAUCUGUUCAAUUCCUGAUUCAGCCACAUUAACACAAUUCUAGGUUAAAUUAUUCACCAAAAAUAGUACAGUUGACUCCAAUUUCUAACUUAAAAGCCAUAUAUUACUAAGCAUUAUAAGAUACAAAUAUAUUUAUUUAGAAAUUACCAAUUUUCUUUUAAAAACAUUUUUUAGUUUGGCAGUGUCUAAAUUUAAAUGGCACCUACACUAACAAUGCUGUGGACACUGUCGCCCUCUGGUGGUUCUGAAAACAACUUAUCUUGAUGGCCACCUGGCCUGAGGUAAAAGUAAUUUCUGAUAGAAGUCAUGGAUGCUUCCUAAACUAAUGAUAUGUAAAAAUGCUUUCUCUAUUGACUCACUAGUCUAAGAGGUAUAAGAUUUUUAAUUUAUACUGUCACCCACUUUCUAAAUAUGUUUCUCACAAUUUCCCAGUUCUGAGGUGCUUCCUAAAGUUUGUUUUGAAUCCAGUAUGGCUGAAAUAUAUUUUCCAUUUUGUUUACAUCACAAGUACAAUUAUAAUAGUCAAAACUAAUUUAUCUCAUUUUCAGGAAUGAUAAUAUAUUUUUAUUUAGCAUAAUACAUAAGAUAAAAUGAGAUACACUAUAAUAACAAUGAAUUCUGUACAUUAAAAAGUUGUUCCUCCACAUUUAAUUGUUCACUAUGAUUCAAAAAUAUUAUUCGGGUAUACUAUUCACUACUGAGCUAAUAUUCAAUGAUACUAUUUCAUUUAAAGUUCUUCCAGCUAACAGGUGAAAAUUAUGUCACCAGUAAAUAAUGAAGGUUACUCAUAUUCUCAGGUGAACAUUCAUUUGAAUUACAAAAUUGUCUGGAAUGAAUCAUAAUCUCUUUUCACAAAUUUCUUAAACUGAACUAGAAUAACCAAAUAGAUUUUCUUGAAGCUUUUUUUCCAAAUCAAUAUUUUCAAACUUAUCUGAAAGCAGUAGAACCCUUUCUGUGCUCUAAGUCCUAUGCAAAAAUACAACUUUUAAUACACAUCAAAUGAGCCUCUCCGCCCCUACUCCUUCUCCAGUUCUUUCUUGUAUGAGCCCUAUGAUUCUAUUAACCAAAAAAAGUUGAUCUAAAUCAUUGAUUUUUAUCAUUUUCUCGAAAAACAAUCAGCUAAUAAAAUAAUACAUAAACCAAAGAUAACCUGAGAGCCUAGGUUACCGUUUGAUGGUUCUUUUGACUACUCAAUUAAAUUUGCAUGUGUUAGCAAACUCUUAGUUUUGUGAAGAAUUAAAUGCUGAGUUAAAUUGGUGCUUGGUAACAUUUUACAACAUCCUGUGUUUUAUUAUUUGACAAACAGAAUUUUGGUACCAUUACAUUUUGAGGAGUAGAGAUGAUUGUGGUGCACAUAAGAACACAAUAUGCUUUAAAUUACUUCAGUGUUUAAAAUGUUUAUAUAAUCUUAAAAUAUACUGUACGAUGUUAGAUACUUUAAAGAAACAGGUUAGUCUGUAUAAGUUUUAUUCACUACCUAAUGCUGUGGCAGUGAAAGGUGCAUUUGAUAUUGUAAAAUAAUAUUCUGAAUAUGUAUGUAUGUAACACCUGUGUAAAACUCUGUCCUUAUGAACCACAUCAAAUAUAGCUUUUUCAGCUC